AUGGACCGCACCUUGGACGAGAUCAUUGCCGAACGUCCUCAGAGACAACCCCAGAACCAGAACCGUGGUGGUCGCCGCCCUCAAGGCCGUCGCCAUGAUGGCGUGAAAAAGUUUGACUUCGAGCUGACCUUUGUUUUCUCUCUUUUUAUUUAUGACAACAGUCCUAUAGAGAGGAUAAACCUGAUUUGGAUCUGUAAUUAUCCGUCCCUUACACUUGUUGAUGGCUUUGAGCGAUGCGAAUUGAUUGCUGACAGGGUUGGGAAUAGUGAUUGGGUCCACGACAAGUACGAAGAUGAUCGAGAGUCUCGCCCGUCCCGCGCUCCGAGACGCCAGAGAGGUGAUCGUUACUCGCCGUUGCCUGACGACCGUACCUCCGCACUAACGAAGAUUCGCGUCGAGAACCUUCACUACGACAUCACAGAAACUGAUCUCGAGGACCUAUUCACUCGAAUCGGCCCCAUCCUCAACCUCUCCCUGGUCUACGACCGCGCCGGCCGCUCCGAAGGCGUCGCCUACGUAACCUACAACCGCCUCAGCGACGCCAAAACCGCAAUCGGCGAAUUCGACGGCGCAAACGCCAAGGGCCAGCCCAUCCGCCUCACACUCAUCCCCGGCGGCGGAGGCAGAGGAAGACAGCAGGACCGCAACCCCUUCGACAAAGUGGAGAGACCGCGAGGCAGCCUUCUCGACCGUGUCGAGCGGCCUCGGGAUUCUCGCAGUCUGAGCCCGGAGGGCGCCGAAGGCGGACGACGCCGGCGCGGCCGUGGUGGUGCUGGACCUGCUGGCCGCCGCAGUGACGUCUCCAAGCCACCACCGGAGAACAUCGAUCGCUACGUCCCCGGCCAAGGCCGACGAUCGCCGACACGCAGAAACGGAGGAGACAGGCGACGAGGAGGAGGCCGUCGCGAUGACGGGAACAAGGCGGCUAAUGGCCGGCCUCGCAAGACGCAGGAGGAGCUCGACCAGGAGAUGGAGGAUUACUGGGGUGGUUCUGCGAAUGUUGGAGCUGGAGCUGCGGAUCAAGAGGCUGUUCAGGAUGAACCGCAGCAGGUUGCGCCUGCUACUACGGCUGCUGCUGGGGAUGACGAUGUGGAUAUGAUUGAGUAGAGGUGCCAUCUCGCCAUCUACGGUUCUUUUUUGUCUUAAUUCUCCAUUCUGUUAUGUCGAUUGGUUUAAACAGGUAGAUUCCAACUUGGUUAUUUGGGUUUGGUUAAUAUGAUUUCAUUGUAGUAUUCACCACUAGUAUUAGUUGAGCAAUACAGGAAUAUGCAUAUUCAUGGGUAUUACCAUAGCCUCAGCA